GUACCUUCUCAAACCAGAUUUCAUGAGGCGGCCUGAUCGAACAUUUGAUCCCUUCUCUGAGACGCCUGUUGACGGGGUUAUUGCAGCUACGUGCUCAGUGCAGGUCAUAUCAGGUCAAUUUUUAUCAGAUAAGAAAAUUGGCACGUAUGUAGAAGUGGAUAUGUACGGACUGCCAACUGACACCAUACGUAAGGAAUUCCGAACUCGCAUGGUUAUGAAUAAUGGACUCAAUCCAGUUUACAAUGAAGAAUCAUUUGUGUUUCGGAAG